GAUUUCUUGUAUCAAAUAUUGAAUUGGGUGAUAAUACCAGAAUAGAGUUAAAAGAUUUACCUAUUAAGGAUCAGAUCUGUAAGAAACAAGAAAAGCUUAGAAAAAAGAAUAAGGAAAAGGAAAGAAAAGCCAAUGAGUUAGAAACUGAAAAUAAAUUUCUAUAUAAGCAAAACAAAAAAUCAAAGAAAAAUUUCAAAAUAGAAUUAAAAAUCUUGAAAGAGCAUGAAAAAGAAGAAAGUGAAGCUGGAAUUA